AGACGUUUGAGCGUUGCCCCUUUAUGUCUACGCAAUGGAUAGACUCUGAUUUGACGCUUUGUAGCGGUUCAGACGCCUCUAACAGUAUCAAAACAACGUUACGAAGCGUCUACGAUACUGGAAAGAUUUCAAGCAUCAUGCCUGUGGCAGCCACCGGCACGGAGCAUGCAUUCUGUGAUGGAAAUAACGCAGUGCCGCAGGUGCUGGACACACUGAGUGACAGCACCAGCUCCACCACGGCCAAUGACCUGGACCUCAUCUUCCUCAAGGGCAUCAUGGAGAGCCCAGUGAGCGCAGAGAGUCUGGAGGAGACACGGCUGGAGGCCGUGAGGGACAAUAAUGUGGAGCUGGUGCAGGACAUACUGAGAGAGCUGAGCCCCUUCACACACCGCAGCAACACGGCCGCAGAGCUGUCCCGCAUCCUCAACCAGCCGCACUUCCAGUCUCUGUUAGAGACGCACGACUCGGUGGCCUCUCAGACGUGUGAGACUCCGCCCUCGAGCCCCUGUGCUUUCAUGGAGCCGCCCAUCAACACUGCACCGGUGCCAGCUGAUGCCAUCCGCAUGGUGGGCAUCCGCAAAGUGGCUGGAGAGCAUUUGGGUGUGACGUUCCGUAUUGAGAACGGAGAGCUGGUGAUCGCCCGUAUUCUCCACGGGGGGAUGAUCGACCAGCAGGGACUGCUCCACACGGGUGACAUCAUCAAAGAGGUGAACGGGCGAGAGGUGGGCGACGACCCUCGUGUGCUGCAGGAGAUGCUGCAGGAGGCCAGCGGCAGCGUGGUGCUCAAGAUCCUUCCCAGCUACCAGGAGCCGCAUCCCCCCAGACAGGUUUUUGUGAAGUGUCAUUGUGAUUAUGACCCUGCCAAUGACAACCUCAUCCCUUGCAAGGAGGCGGGGCUACAGUUCUCCAGAGGAGACAUUCUGCAGAUCGUUAACCAGGAGGAUGUGAACUGGUGGCAGGCGCGUCACGUCGAGGGAGGCAGUGCUGGCCUGAUUCCCAGUCAACUUCUGGAGGAGAAGAGGAAAGCUUUUGUGAAGAAAGAUGUUGACCUUUCACCAGCAGCCAAUCUCUGCACUGGAAUGGUUGGUAAGAAGAAGAAGAAAAUGAUGUAUCUAACUACAAAAAAUGCAGAUUUUGACAGGCAUGAGUUACUGAUCUAUGAGGAGGUGGCAAAAGUCCCACCCUUUCGCCGGAAGACGCUGGUUCUGAUUGGUGCAGCUGGAGUGGGCCGACGAAGUCUGAAGAAUAAGUUGCUAGUGUCAGACCCUCAGCACUAUGGCACCACCGUCCCCUACACCUCUAGGAAGCCCAAAUCAGCAGACAGAGAGAACAUGAUGUAUGCCUUCACGUCCCGGAGUAAGAUGGAGGCUGAUAUUAAAGCUGGCCACUAUCUUGAACACGGUGAAUAUGACGGUAACCUCUACGGCACCAAGAAUGACUCCAUCCAUGAAGUCGUGGAGGCGGGACGUAUCUGUAUCCUGGACGUCAGCCCACAGGCCCUAAAAGUCCUCAGGACAUCAGAGUUUUUGCCAUAUGUGGUGUUCAUCAAAGCCCCAGAGUUUGAGGUGCUGAAGGCCAUGAACAGAUCUGGGGUGGAGGCAGGAGUGACCAAACACCGAACAGACGCAGAACUGAAGAGGACGGUAGAUGAGAGCGCCAAGAUUCAGAGAGUGUACGGACACUACUUCGACCUCACCAUAGUAAAUGAUGAUUUGGAGCAAGCGUACAGGAAGCUCAAAUCCUCCUUAGAGGAGUUAAAGGGAGCUCAGCAGUGGGUUCCAGUUGGGUGGGUGUUUUAGAGCUCACUACAGCAACUAGUGGAUGAUUCAUGUGACACUUUAUACCAGUGUUAACCUCAUGCCAGGGGUGUUCACUGAUCAGAGAGCUUACAUGAGUGUGUGUGUGUGUGUGUGUGUGUGAGUGAGUGUGUGAAAUCACCAUCUACUCUACAAAAACAGGUUAUAACUAGUAAACAUUCAAGUUUCAGUUCAGAUGUUUUUUGAAUUGUUACAAAAUUUACACAAAUAUCUGAACAUCCUUUAACAAUUAAGUUAAAAAAAGAUAAAUUUCUUUCAGAAGCAAAACUGUAUUAUAUAUUUUUUUAAUUUAACCUUUUCAAAAGGUUGUUAGAUUUAUUGGGUUAAAACAAACAAACAAGCAAAUAAACUAACAAAAAAAAAAGAUCAAACUUGGAACUACUGUUCAAAAGUUUGGGGUCAAUAUUAUUUUAAUAAAUUAAUACUUGAAUAAUUGAUUAAAAUUGACAGUAAAGACAUUUUAAUGUCACAAAAGAUUUCUAUUAAAAUAAGAGCUGUACUCUUGAACUCUCUACAUCCUAAAAAAAUGAAUCACGAUUUCCACAAAAACAUUUAAGCAGCACAACUGACAAUAUAAGAUAUGUUUCCUGAGCAGACACUGAAGACUGGAGGAAUGAUGCUGAAUUCAGCUUUAAUAUCACUGGAGUAAAUUACAUGUUAAAAUAAAAACUUAAAAACAAAUGAAAUUGUAAUAAUAUUACACAACUGCUGCUGCUUUGCUGUAUUGUUUAUCAAAUAAAUGUAGCCAUUAUGCCUAAGAAAACAAAUCUGAAUCGACCCCAAACUUUUGAAUGACAGUAUGUAUUCUCUAAAAACACAUCUUAUGCAGAUUUGCUUCUCAAGUAUUUUAACAAGUUACGUUUUUAAAACAUAAUUUUGAUUUCAAGCCCACAGGUCUACAUCAAUUCUGUUUGUGUAUGUGGUAGGUGUUUGGACAGUGUUUCAUCUCUGAAUUAUAUUUUUAUCAUAAGGCUCUAUUUUGCUCAGCUCCUGUUGUUGUGUCAGGCACAUGACUUUUGUACAGUUUUUUUUUCAUAUACAUCCAUAUUACAGCACCAUUCUUUCUGAAUUUAGCACAGGAAUAUAUGGAAAUGUGUUCAUUAACAAACAGAAACAGCAGGCAGAUAAUAUUUGCACACAAUAAACUGUGCAGAAGGUCACUGAAUGCAGCAUAUAAUUCAUUUCAGAUGGAUCUUUUUGCAGAUCACCAACAUUGUGGACUAUAUUUAUAUAUUUAUAUAUGUUAGUAACAGUAUAUACCUAUUUAUUUAUUGAUUCGAAAAAGGACCAAACCUCAUUUUUACAUUUAAAUUGGACACAAACCUGUGAAUUGAAGGGAAGAACAGUGCUAUAGCAUGGCAUUAAGACCUUUAUAUCAAUAUGUAUGAAUAUGCUCUCAGUGUAAAAUGUUGUGACUGCAUGUAAUCUGUGUAUCUGCUCUAAUUCACAGCAAUUUAUUCUAAUGCUGUAUAUGCUUAUUGGAUGAAAAUAUCUUUUUCUUACGGACAAACCCUCUCUACUUUUUUAUUACGAAUGAUCAUUCUUCAGUAUUCUUCUGUUUAUUUUCAAUGAUUAUAAUUCAUGUCAAUGAUAUUUGGCUUGAAUAUUGGCAGCUAUCGUUUAUUUAUUAGUUUUUUUUAUCAUUUAUUAUCUGUGUGUGCGGUGUUAGGAUUUAAGUUUUGAUAUUGAUAUUAGGUUUUUUUACAUAUCAGAUAAUGGACUAAGCUAGAGACAGAUACUGUAUAUACAGUAGUAGUCAUGUUUCAUGUGCAAAAUCGAUGAAUGAUUAGAAGAACAAUCUGUAAAUUGCCUGAUUUCUGAAAUAAAAUGUUUGGAGAAAUAA